AUGGCUGGUUGGUAUACUAUCGGAAUUGCGCUCUUCGCAUCUAUUGGUACAUUCUUGUUUGGAUUCGAUACUGGCAUAGCAACAACAACUAUUGCACAUCAGAGCUGGAUCGAGUAUAUGCAUCACCCCUCCAAUGGCCUGACAGGAGCAGUCGUGGCCGUCUAUAUUGCAGGCGAAGCCCUGGGCGCCCUGACACAAACCUUUAUUGGUGACAAGCUUGGCCGCAUCCGCUUCAUGCAGCUCAUGUGUGUCAUUGUCACUAUUGGCACCGUAAUUCAGACCGCGUCAGUCAAUAUCGGCGUCUUCUUGGCUGGCCGCGCACUGGCGGGAUAUGCGGUGGGCGGACUGGUCGCAACUGUGCCCAUCUACCUCAGCGAAAUCUCGGCCCCCGAGCAGAGAGGUCUUAUUGGAGGCAUCUCUGGAUGUGGCAUCUCUUUCGGCACCAUGAUGUCCAAUUGGGUCGGGUUUGCUUGCGGCUUUGCUCCCUACGGUGCGACGCAGUGGCGGUUGCCCUUGGGCAUCCAGAUCCCAUGGGGCGUCGUCAUGUUCAUUGGCCUUUCCACCUUUAUGCCCAACUCUCCGAGGCAGCUCAUCAGGGCGGGACAGAUUGAUUACGCUCGCAGAGAGUUUAUCAAGAUCCGAAGAGACUUGCAGUCACACGAGGCGCAAGAAGAAUUUGCUUUCAUGAGGGCACAGAUUGAAUACGAAAUGUCUCGAGAGAUCAAGUCGGUGCGCGAGGCAUUUAAGCUGUAUCGUCACCGCGCCCUCGUCUCUAUAGCCGUGCAGACCAUGACGAGUCUGACUGGCGUCAACGUCAUCCAGUACUACCAGACCAUAUUGUACCAGUCUCUGGGCAUUGAGAGAAACACCAUCCUGGCUCUUGCGGCUGUGUAUGGAACUAUUGCAUUCGCCUCCAACGCACUCACCACUCGAUAUCUGACCGACCAGUGGGGUCGCAGGAAGAUGAUCAUUGCUGGGCUUGCCGGCAUCAUUGUCAUUGAGAUCUACGCCGCUGUCAUGCAACGGGCAUUCCAAAACUCGUCCAACAGAGUCGGCAAGGGUUUCGCCGUGCUGGGCAUCUAUCUCUUUGUCGUGUGCUACUACGGCAUGCUCAACAGCACGACCUGGCUAUACGGGGCCGAGGUUCUCCCCAUUACGCUGCGGAGCAAAAUUAUGGGCCUCGCCGCGGCUAGCCACUUUAUUGUCAACGUGGCCGUGACGGAAGCUGGGCCCAGCGCGUUUGCCAAUAUCAAGGAAAACUAUUACUACGUCUUUGUCGCGUGCACGCUCUUCUUCCUCGUUUUGGCGUGGUUCUACUUUCCCGAGACGCGGAGGAAGACGUUGGAGGAAAUCGCCAGGGACUUUGGCGACAAGGUUGUCCUGGUGGACGAGACGGACGUUCAGAGGGAACAUACCAAAAUGACCAAGGAUAUCGCUGGGGACGAGGCGGGAGUGGAGCAAGUAGAAGCGAUUUCCCAACAGUCUGGACGAGCUUAA